AUGGCUGCAGACGUUGCUCCACACUUCGGAGCUGAGCUCAAGGAUGCGUUUAAACCGGUCAACGCCUGGGUAUCGAACGGGAUAGCCUGGUUAGAUGAGGUGCAGCAAUUCUACCGGGAGCGAAGCGCGAUUGAGAAAGAAUACGCCGCCAAGCUGACGGCUCUCUGCCGGAAAUACCAAGACCGAAAGGCGAAGAAGACGAGCAGCUUGAGUGUGGGAGAUACGCCGAGUCUCACGCCAGGCUCUCUGGAAAGCGCGUCGUUGACGACGUGGACCACACAACUGACGACGAUCGAGUCCCACGCAGCGGAGCGGGAUCGAUUCGGCAACGACCUGGUCAGUCACAUUUCAGAUCCCUUGAGACAAGUCGCUGCACGAUACGAGGAACUCCGGAAGUGCCACUUGGACUUCCAUGGCAAGUUGGAGAAGGAGAGGGACUCGUCAUACAGUGACCUCAAGAAAUCCAAAGCCAAAUAUGACGGGGCUUGCCAGGAAGUGGAGAGCCGACGGAAGAAGAUCGAAUCUUCGUUCGACCAUGGCAAGACCAAAGCCCAGAGCGCGUAUCAACAGCAGAUUUUGGAGAUGCAUAAUGUCAAGGCAAGUACUGGUCUAAACACAUAUCUCAUCAGCAUCAAUGUAACGAACAAGCUGAGGGAAAGGUUCUAUCAUGAAUACGUUCCCGAAGUUCUUGAUGGUUUACAAGAUAUCAAUGAAACCAAAGUAGCAAAGCUGAACUCGCUAUGGCUCCUCGCUGCCCAGCUCGAACAAUCCGCCCUUUCCAGGAGCACGGAACAUAUGGUAACUCUACAAAACGAAAUUCCUCGGAAUAAUCCACAGCUUGACUCGCUCAUGUUUCUGCGUCACAACAUGACACAGUCUCAAGAACCGCCGAGUCUGACAUUUGAACCUAGCCCUGUCUGGCACGACGAUGAAUCCCUUGUAACCGACGAGGCUGCAAAGGUGUUCUUACGAAACCUACUUAUGAAAAGCAAGACUCAGGUGAGAGAUCUCAGAGUGGAAUCGGAUAAGAAGAGACGUGAAGUGGAAAAGGCCAAGCAAACACGAGAGAAUGUCAGACAAGGAAAGGAAAAACGUGACGAGGUUGAGGUCGUCCGUGCCAUCUUCUUCCUGCAGGAUGCAUGCCAUGAAAUCGACCGUAAACGGCUGACUGCCGAAGUCGAAACGGCGACCAUCAUCACAGCCGUUGGCGACCUGUCGCUCGGGGCAAAGAACCACAACUUCCGAUCUCAAACCUUCAAGAUCCCUACCAACUGCGACCUGUGCGGCGACCGGAUCUGGGGGCUAAGUGCCAAAGGGUUCGACUGCCUAGACUGCGGAUAUACCUGCCACAGCAAGUGCCAGAUGAAAGUGCCCGCCGAUUGUCCCGGGGAGCAGUCCAAGGAAGACAAGAAGAAGCUGAAAGCCGAACGACAAGAGCAAGCCAACUCGACCCCGAAUCUAGACAUUGAAUCCACCAACGGCUCGACGACUGGCCCGUCCCUCACCCGGCAAAACACCAUGAACUCGCUGAGUUCCGGGUACGCGACGAGCGCGACCCGAUCCCUGUCCAACGUAGUCAACAAACCCAGUACCACUUCUCCGACGAGCCCAACAGAGUCUCCUUCCGCCGAAGCAAAGCCCGCCCCCGCUGCCGCGCGGCGCAACCGGAUCCUUGCCCCGCCCCCUUCGCAGUAUGUCAACCCGCCACCGGCCACCGAGCCAGGGUCCUCUAUCAGACCCAGCAGCGAACCGCGGGGGAAGAUGAUGUAUGCGUACCAAGCCACCGGUGCGGAUGAGGUCACAGUGCAGGAGGGAGACGAUAUCACAAUCGUUGAACCAGAUGAUGGAUCCGGAUGGAUGCGCGUCCGCGCCGGAUCACACGAAGGUCUCGUUCCAGCCUCAUACGUCGAGGCCGCCCCGCCACCGACGCCCUCGCCCGUCCCCUCGGCGAGUCCCGGCUUCACCGAUCGCCCUGGAUCGACGUACUCGAAUUCCUCGGCCUCACUGGCUGGAAGCACGGCGGCAGCGGCGGCGGCGGCGGCAGCGAAACGCGUCGGCCCGGCGGUGGCGCCCCGUCGCGGGGCGAAGAAGCUGCAGUACGUCGAGGCCCUGUAUGACUAUGAGGCGCGUAGCGAGAUGGAGUGGAGCAUGGCCGAGGGCGAUCGGUUUGUUCUUGUCAACUCGGACAGCGGGGAUGGCUGGGCGGAUGUCGAGAAAGGCGGGGUCACCAGAAGCGUGCCGGCUAACUAUAUCCAGGAGGUGUAG